UCAGAACAGAGUGUCCAGUGUGUUUGUGAGGAAGAUGCAGUGGCUGUCAUUAUGCAGUCCUCACCAUUAGUAUGUAGAGGCCACUUUCAAAAUUUUGACCAGCCAAUCUCCUUCUUCUGUGUAGCAGCACUGUGAUUUCAUUUUGUCGGCUUCUCCACCUGCAUGAUGCUUUACACUGUAGCUGUGUGAAAAAAAGAAGAAGAGGGGGAACACCAAGUACUGAAAAAUAAAGUAACCACUUCAUCCUGGUCUGGGGAACAGUGGAUCUGGAGCCUGGGUGUUAGUUGGGAAUACACCUCGGAGAAUACACAGAGCAAGCCCAUGAGAUCAAACGCUGAAACUCCACACAGUUACCCAUGCUCAGGAUUAAACCAGGGAGCUGAAGUGGUGAGGUGGCAAUGCUACCUUAUAUGUGCCACCAUUCUGCCCACCUAGAAAGUGUAAUCUUCCGCCCUAACAUGGAUGCAGCAGGAGGACUAGAGAGAAGGCACGCCACAGCAACCAGGAAAAUCGGACAAUACCGCAUCGGGGAACGCUCGGAUUACUGGCCGCAUUUUUCAUACGUGCAAUUUCCCCAAAGGUACGCCAUUGAAUUGCUGCCAGAGACAGCGGGAUUGGGGAGCUACCCGCUGGAGUUUCUCUUCAGCUGCCAGGAGUAUUUCUGCAGCUUGGCGGUUCCCAAGCCUACUAAGAGAGAGUGGAUCGGGUUCCUGGUGUCCAGGUUUUGCGGCCCGGCCCGUGACUGGGUGGAGCAGCUGGUGAGUGCUGGGUCGCCAGCCCUCCAUGAUGUCACUCAGUUUACAGAGCUGUUUAUGGAGGAGUUUUCACAGCCUGGACAACUUCGUGGUCUUGAUUUACUGGGGUGGAGAGUCAAUGGACAGCCCCAGGUGGACCCACCAUUCAACCUCUAUUAUGAGGAGAUGGACAGGGCAGUAACCAGCGAUCCACUUCAGUUUCCGGCCAACACGGGGGUGAAAUCCCCGAGAUGCAUGACCGAGGGCUGCGGGAGAGAGACUCAGCUUCAAUGUCCCACUUGCAGGAAGCUGGGCCUCCAGGAAGCUUUCUUCUGCUCUCAGGAAUGCUUCAAGAGCAGCUGGCGGGAGCAUAAGAAACUCCACCGGAGAGCCCGUGCAGAGACCCAGCCCGGGACCGACAGGGUGACCUCAGAGCUCGAACCUGAGCCCCACGAGGUGGGCUCACCCGCCAAGCUCCAACAAAAGGUCCAAGUCAAGUCUCACAUCCCUGAGAUCCAAGUCAAGUCUCACGUCCCUGAGAUCCAAGUCAAGUCUCACGUCCCUGAGCUCCAGGUCCAGCCGCCAGCCCCUGAGCUCCAGGUCCAGCCUCCAGCCCCUGAGCUCCAGGUCCAGCCGCCAGCCCCUGAGCUCCAGGUCCAGCCGCCAGCCCCUGAGCUCCAGGUCCACCCGCCAGUCCCUGAGCUCCAGGUCCAGCCUCCAGUCCCUGAGCUCCAGGUCCAGCCUCCAGUCCCUGAGCUCCAGGUCCAGCCUCCAGUCCCUGAGCUCCAAGCCAAGCCUCCAGUCCCUGAGAUCCAAGCCAAGCCUCCAGUCCCUGAGAUCCAAGCCAAGCCUCCAGUCCCUGAGAUCCAAGUCAAGCCUCCAGUCCCUGAGAUCCAAGUCAAGCCUCCAGUCCCUGAGAUCCAAGUCAAGCCUCCAGUCCCUGAGAUCCAAGUCAAGCCUCCAGUCCCUGAGAUCCAAGCCAAGCCUCCAGGCUCUGACGCCCAAGCCAAGCCUCCAGGCUCUGACGCCCAAGCCAAGCCUCCAGGCUCUGACGCCCAAGCCAAGCUAGCUGACCCAGUCACCCAAGUUCUGCUCACGUGCCGGUCUGCCGACAGGCCCAGCCAAGUUCCGCUCACGCCACAGUCUGCUGACACGCCCAGCCAAGCUCCGCUCGCGCCCCAGUCUGCUGACACGCCUAGCCAAGCUCCGCCCAUGCCCAAGGUUCACCUAGUGACCUCAGAGCCUCAGCCUCCCUGUUCAGCUGUGGACGUCGCUCAGCCUCCCUGUUCAGCUGUGGACGUCGCUCAGCCACCCUGUUCAGCUGUGGACGUCGCUCAGCCACCCUGUUCAGCUGUGGACGUCGCUCAGCCUCCCUGUUCAGCUGUGGACGUCGCUCAGCCUCCCUGUUCAGCUGUGGACGUCGCUCAGCCUCCCUGUUCAGCUGUGGACGUCGCUCAGCCUCCCUGUUCAGCUUUGGACGUCGCUCAGCCUCCCUGUUCAGCUGUGGACGUCGCUCAGCCUCCCUGUUCAGCUGUGGACGUCGCUCAGCCUCCCUGUUCAGCUGUGGACGUCGCUCAGCCUCCCUGUUCAGCUGUGGACGUCGCUCAGCCUCCCUGUUCAGCUGUGGACGUCGCUCAGCCUCCCUGUUCAGCUGUGGACGUCGCUCAGCCUUCCUGCUCAAUGGCAGAUAGCGUUCCCCUCUUCUGCUUCAAGGAGACCCAUGCUCCUCUCCCUGGCCGCACGGAGACCCACGCUCCUCUCCCUGGCCUUACAGGGGACGCUCUGCCUUCCAGUUCAGCUGGGGACGUCGCUCCGCUUUCAGGCGCCGACGAGGAUGUCGCCCUGCUUCGCUGCUCCGCCGAGUACAGCGCUCUGCCUUCCUGCUCCGCCGAGUACAGCGCUCUGCCUUCCUGCUCCGCCGAGGACGUCGCUCUGCCUUCAUGUUCCGACGAGGACGUCGCCCUGCUUCCCUGCUCCGCCGAGUACAGUGCUGUUUCCCUGCUCCACCGAGGUCGUCGCUCUGCCCUCAUGCCCAGCCGAGGUCACCGCUCUGCCCUCAUGCCCAGCCGAGGUCGUCGCUCAGCCUCCCUGUUCAGCCGAGGUCGUCGCUCAGCCUCCCUGUCCAGCCGAGGUCGUCGCUCUGCUUCCCUACGCCGCCAAGAACACCGUGCAGUUUCAUGUCUCUGCUCAGGACAUUCAGCCCAGGGGGCCGGGGCCGCCAAUGAAGUGGGAUGACUCAUGGCACUCCGGGAGGAGUGCCCUUGGGGGGGGGUUCCGUCACGAUUCCCCCUUGAAGCAGUGUGCUUUAAGCGCUGUUGACCGUAGUGACAUUGGGACACGUGUGUUUUGUUUAUGUUUGUCAUGUCUCCUCCCUGUUCCGUCAUUGGCUGGGAAGUCACGUGUGUCCGGAUUACCCUCAGCUGUUAGCAGUUGCGAGGGUAAUCAUGUCCGCAUAUAUACCGUGCGCUUCCCAGCACACAACGCGGAAGAUUAAGUAGUAAGUAAUAAGAAGUGAAUGUUUAGCGUUAGUGUAGUUCGUGUCAUAGUCAUAGUCAGUUCGCGCUGGAUAUCCGCUUCCAGUUCAUCGUCAUAGUUUGUUUUUUGUUUUGGUUAUCGACCUAGAUUCCUGCCUAGCCCCGUGUAUACCUGUUUGCCAAUCGCCUGACCUCUUGCCUGUUUAUGAAUUACGUUUUGGAUCACGUUUUGGAUUUGUCUGCCUGCCUGUCUCUUUAAAUAAACAACUGUUAUCCUGCA